GAAUAAACAAAAAUAUUGUGGUCUCAAUCGCGUAUUAAAUUUUAUUUCUCUUAGGUGCAUUCUUGCUAGAGAAAUAAUUUAGCUGCAAAUAACAAGUGAUAUUAUAAGUGAUUAGUCAUUUAUUAGUUAGUUAACGGCAACCUGGUUGUUAAAAUUAUUGUCGGGUGCAGGAAGAUUAGUGCAGAUAUAAGUACGUAAAAUUUUCGUUCUCUAUUUUUCUGCAACCAGAAACAUGAACAUUAAAAACGACAUAAGAAUCAUGCCUCGUUCGAUGGUUUGCGAAGAUACAAAUCUUCGAGGUGAAAUAACCAUUUCCAGCGGUUGUGUCAUUCAUCCAAGUACAACAAUCAUCGCUGAAUCAGGCCCAAUAGUAAUAGGAGAGAACUGUAUAAUUGAAGAGUACGCAUCAAUUAUUCAUCGCAUACCUAAAGGGCACUCUUCUUACGGUGAUGUGUUGGAAGGUACUGUGAAGCCACUGGUCAUUGGACAAGAUAAUAUUUUCGAGGUAGGCUGCACUGUAGAAGCACUUAAGAUUGGAGAGAGAAAUGUAUUCGAGUGCAAAAGCUAUGUUUCGGCGGAUGUGGUCGUAACGAAUGGAUGCGUCAUCGGAGCAGGUUGUCGGCUGGUCGGGGAACAAGUGUUACCUGAAAAAACAAUAAUCUACGGAAAACAGUGUCAACAGCGAGAGGCACUUGAAAAACAGAGAUCCCAAAUGGUACAAAUUGACUAUCUGCGAAAGAUUUUACCUAACUAUCAUCACUUGAAAAAAGCUUCAUACGAUCCGAAGAAAGUCCGAGCACAAGUUUGAUGAUCCAGUUUGAUUAUACGAUAAUUUAUAUCCACCAUUUCCUAGCUUACCUUACUCAGUUCCAUAUUAUUAAUUGCAAAGCAUUGCAAAGCAUUUUUUUUUCAAUAUAUGAGUAAUCAAUAAAAUUGAAUAUGAAUAAACGAAAAUACCCAUACAGGCCAGAUUCGAUUAUCCGUAGGGUGCAGACAAAUUUCGCUUCGGAUAAUC